AUGACAAAAUCGAAUUUAUCACUUUGUACAACAAUUGAUAUAACAAAAUCGAAUUUAUCACGGGAUAAAUUCGAUUUUGUCAUAUCAAUUGUUGUACAAAGUGAUAAAUUCGAUUUUGUCAU